AUGGCCACGUUUUCGAAACAGGACGAACUUCCCAGUUUACCUGUUCCGAAUCUCAAUGAAACACUCGACAAAUACCUACGAUCAGCUACCGUACUGCUCGAUGAGAAACAAAAACAAAGGACAAGCGAAGCAGUGGAGUCAUUCCGAAAGAGCACAUUAGCGAAACAACUACAAGAUGCUCUUGUGAAUCGAAGCAAGGAGAAGAGGAACUGGCUCGAAGACUGGUGGUACGAUGCGUAUAACGAAGUACGAGAACCUCUCAUUCCUUAUCUCUCUCUGGCUUCAAGCAACUCGAUGUGGACACCGCUAGAAGGUUCACAAAUUUGUCGUGCAGCUGACGAUAUUUAUUAUUUGAUGCAAUUUUGGGAGAGAAUUAGAAAGGACACACUUCCAGUGACCAAAAGUCGAGGAGUAACAUGGGACAUGUACCAAUACCAUUGUCUCUUCAAUAGCUGUCGUGUUCCAGAGAUACCUAAGGAUAGGAUAUAUCGGUACUUUAAGACAGAGUCUGAAGGUGACUGUCCAUCGCAUAUUACGGUAUUGUGCCGUGGGAAGAUAUGGAGGGUAGAGAUGUUGAAAGAAGGACAGCUAAAAACCCCGGAUGAACUUCAUCGUACUCUUUCCUACAUCGAUGAACAUUCCACCAAUGAUCCACGCUCGGUUGCUACCCUAACUACGCAUAAUAGGGAUACGUGGGCCAAGAUGCGGGCGUCACUCAUCUCAAACUCACCGAAGAACAAAUAUAACAUCAAAAGCAUCGAGGAGUCAUGCUUUUGUCUUACGCUAACCGAUAACGUAUAUGAGACGACAUCGAAGCAUCUUCAUGCUUCAUUAAUGGGAGAAAGUCGAAUGCAAUGGGCUGAUAAGUGCAUGAACGUCAUUGCAUGCAAGGAUGGGAGGAUUCUCCUACAGGCCGAUCACAGUAACGUGGAUGCGAUCGUAGUAAUGCUGGCUGCCGAUGAUGCUACAUCGCGAACCAGAAAAACCGUAUGGAAACCGCAGGAUAUUCCUUUCGAGGUUCCAGAACUGCUCAAUUUUGAUUUAUCGUCAAAUGAUAUUGCAAGCAUAGUGGACGCUGAAAAGAACUUUUGCAAAUUGGGGAAAACAAUAAGAGUGAAAAGUGUCAUCUUCGAAAAAUAUGGCAAUAAUUUAGUGAAGCAAUCAAAAUUGUACACAGACACAGUUGUACAGAUUGCUCUCCAACUUGCUUUCCUCAAAACUCAUGGCAGUUUUGCCCCUAUUUACGAAACGGCCUCAACAAGAAAAUUUUAUCAUGGGAGAACGGAAACGGUCAGAGGAUGUACGCACGAAAUGGUCGCUUUCGGUUGUUCCGUGAUCGAAGGGAAAAGUAUUGAUGAGAAACGGCAGUUGUUCCUCGCAGCUUAUGAGGCGCACAACAAACUGAUGGAGGACUGUAUGAAUGGCAGAGGUUUUGAUCGGCAUUUAUACGGACUUCGAAAGGUUUUGGAAACGUUUCGUAGUGGUUGUUCACCCAAAAUAGAACUGCCAGAAAUGUUCACCGAUGAAGGUUGGAAAAUAUCCGGAGGAGACGGGAAUUUUCUACUGUCCACAAGCUUUAUCGGGUACAUGACAGAAAACGAUGAGAUCGGAGGAUAUGGUUACGUCUCUGCUAUGCGACCGGAUGGGUAUGGAACAUUCUACAGAAUAGGAAAAAAUAGAAUACAAUUUACAAUUACUGACUGGCAACCGUCUAAAUCUAAUUUGGAUGCUUAUGGCGAGAAUAUAGAAUGGUCUCUUCUACAAUUGUCCCAAUUAUUCGAUAAUCGUUCGAAACUGUAA